AUGCAAUACGCCCACGGGACGUCUCAUGUGAAGGGUAUCGAGAGUCAGCUCUCGGCGUGGUCUUGGGGAUUGUUCACGAAGAACGUGGGGGAGUUCUCUGGGAAGGUGGCGGUAGAUCUCCAGAAGGUCCCCAAGACGCCAGUGUAUCUGACAGACGACGCAGACAUUGCCUUCCCAAUGAUUUUCGCAGCUCCCGUGACCUACACGCGCCCCACGAAGGCAACCUUCCACUUGACGUCCAUGUUCAAUGGGCAGAUCGACUUUUACUUGAAUGGUUCCUUGGCCAACGGCCUUCAAUCGGACUGCUUUGUGCCAGCGUGGAUGGUCGCCGUCACUGACAAGCAGAGCGAUUCGAACGUCUCGGUGAGCUACGUCGAGUACUAUGGCAAGAUCAACGUGGCAGGCAGAAUCGAGUGGGAGACGGAUGAGUCAGUGGCUGAAGAUGCCGUUCAAAAGAAGGUUGGGAGUGAGAGUAGGGCUGAAUCGGUCAAAAACGGCACAAUGACCCAGGAGCAGGCUGACGAGGAGGUGGAGGCUGAGAAGACGCUAGCUGAGGAGAACCGCAAGUGGAUGUUCACCGCCAGCCUGCCGUACAUGCUCGUCGAGCCUCAGAAGAUCGACAGGGCGGCGGCCAGGACUGAACUGAGGCGCUUCAUCACCCCCGCCGAGCAGGAUAGCAAGCGGCGCAGGGCUGACGAGAAACAAGCGGUGAAGGCCGCUGCCACGGGCUCGGUGGGCAGCAACAUCGAAUCGCUCAAGAGGAAGAUCGAUCCCGCCGCAGCGGCCUCGCAGCCCAAGAAGGGGCGUUCUAGCGGGAGCAGUGGCGGUGGAGAUGCUGCUCUCGUCAAGGCGUCUGCGCCGCCGGCGUUCGCCGGGACCUUCUCCGAGACGGUGUCCUACACCUGCGCGGAAGGGCACACCACCACUGGCAGUCUCGCCGGCAGCGGCGUCGUCAAUGCGACCUGUGGUGCAGAUGGUGCCUGGCAGUUCGAUCUGGCGACGGGGGAACACUGCAAGCCCAUAAGCUGCGGCGCGCCCCCGGAGAUUGCGAGGGCCACCGCGGCCUCGGCCGCCGUGCUGGUGGGCGGCGAGGUGGCCUACCGCUGCGCGGAGGGGCACGCCGUGCACCCGCUGAGGCCCGAGGAGACACGUCCUUCGUGGCCACCUGCUCGAGCAGCGGCCUCUUCCAUUUCCCCCGGGGGCGCGCCUGUGUGCCCGUCCUCUGCGAGGUCCAGCACGCGGCGACGCGCCGUGCGAGCCCCGUGGGGUCGGCGCUCCCAGUGCACUGGCCCAUGA